UCCUCGUGAGGUGGUCGCGGCGCGCACUCCUCCACAAGUCACACCAGUCAGCGGCAGACAGGCGCGACAUGACUCCAUUAUACAAGCAGUCAUGGGCAGUGUCUGCAGUGCUAUUGAAUAUGGUUGGUCACGGAAUGCUCCUGAGCUACACCACCAGCCUUCUUCCAGCUCUACAGGCACCUGACUCUCCUAUACCAAUUGACUUGCAAACUUCUUCGUGGCUAUCAUCUUCAAUCGGCAUAGCAGGGAUACCUGGGUUCUUCAUAUCGUCCGCACUGAUGGAAAGAUAUGGGCGAAGAAUAGCACACUUUAUCCUGAUGGUACCGGGGCUACUUGGAUGGUUGCUAAUAUAUGCCGGCAAUACCGUUCCAGUUUUGUUGAUGGGUAGACUUCUAGGAGGAAUGUCUGCCGGAGCCACCGUAUCCUUAGGAGCUAUCGUUAUUGGAGAAUACAGCAGCCCUAAAUACCGAGGAAUGUUUUUAACUUUGAAAACUGCUUCAGUCUGCUUAGGAGGGAUGUUUGUGCACAUUUUGGGCCAUUUUUAUGAUUGGAGAACCAUAGCGAUGCAGGCCAUGACCCCUUAUAUAAUCUCCUUGGCCAUUAUUUGGACGUGGCCAGAAAGUCCAGCAUGGUUAGCGUCGAAACAGAAUUAUGAAAAAUGUGAAAAAAACUUUUAUUAUCUAAGGGGAAACGCUGCAGAGGCCCAGAGAGAACUAGAAGACAUGCUACAGUCGCAAAUGAGUCGCGCAUCUCAAACUACUAAGCAGCUAAGUUUGAGACAAAAGUUGAUAGAGUUUUUCAAGAAAUUCACAAAAAAGAAUUUCUUAGGGCCGAUGUUUAUAUUACUGAGUAGCACUGUUUUAUUGGAAGCGAGUGGGCGGCAUAUAUUUCCCGCUUACGCUUUGCAGAUUAUUAGCGAAAUAACUGGAAGUAAAUCUCAAUCUUAUUACUACACGCUAUGUAUUGACGCCAUCAUAACGGUCAGUGCCGUGUGCUCAUCAAUCCUCGUUAAUGUGAUGAGGAGGCGCACGUUGCUGCUGUCCACCGGGCUGGCUGCCUGCUCAGUUUUGAUGGUCGUCUGUACAUAUUUGUUCUUAGUGGCACGAGGAUUCAUAUCUGAAGAUUACCACUUUAUUCCCAUCGGUUUAUUUGUGAUGUAUUUCAUCCUUGCCAAUUUAGGUUGCAGUCCGAUCCCUGUUGCGUUGUUGGGCGAGUUAUAUCCAUUGGAACACAGGGGUGUUGGGUCAGCUGUGACUGGGGUGUUUAUAUCUUUGGGCGUGAAUCUGGCAUUACUUUUGACACCGUAUUUGUUAGUGAGUAUCAAAGUGUACGGGACAUUUGCAGUGUUCGGCUUAGUCAUGGCCUUCAAUUUAACAAUUUUGUACUUCACGUUACCGGAGACCAAAGACAGGACGCUUCAAGAAAUAGAAGAUUACUUUGUCGACGGUCAGUUCAAGGAUAAUAGAAACAUUAAGGAAAGUCAAGUUACUGUUAAAAUGUUAAAAUAG